AUGGUCUCCGAAGAAGCUCGCCUCCGCAUUGUGAUUGUCGGUGCCGGACUCAGUGGUAUCGCCGCUGCAGUUUCCUCCGCGCUAUCAGGACACUCCGUCGAGGUCAUCGAGCAAGCGAAAGAAUUGGCGGAAGUUGGAGCAGGCCUUCAAAUCACACCCAACGCUUCCCUGCUUCUCAAGCAUUGGGAUCUUCCACAAUCCCUGUGGGAUGCGGCCGCCGAGCCAACCAAGCUUACAGUGCAUCGAUACUCGGGCGAAGUCCUAGCGCACGAGGAUGACUUCAACAAGAAUAUCCGCGCCAAGUAUGAUGCACCAUUUGUCGAUUUGCACCGUGUCGAUCUCCAGCAGGCGCUGUUUGCUCGAGCUCGGGAUCUGGGCGUGAAAUUUCAUAUGAGCCAGAAGGUCGAUCGGAUCGACUUUGAUUCUACGACUGUUCACACACUCGCUGGGGACCGGUACUCGGGCGAUCUGAUCAUCGCUGCUGAUGGGUUAUGGUCAAGGUGUCGGGAGGCUUUCGUCGGGAAGAAAGAUGAACCAAUUCCCACGGGUGAUUUAGCAUAUCGUAUUGUGUUGAGCACGGAUCAGAUCUCUGAUCCUGAGCUGAAGGCACUCGUCGAAAACCCGGAGGUGCAUUUCUGGGCUGGGCCGGGCGCUCAUGCGGUUGCUUAUUCGCUGCGUGGUGGAAAGAUGUUCAACAUUGUUCUUUUAGUGCCUGACAAUCUUCCUGCUGGUGUAUCAAGACAGGCUGGAUCUGUUGACGAGAUGCGAGAGCUUUUUGUUGGCUGGGACCCGAUCUUGAACCGGUUUUUGAACUACGUGACAAACGUUGACAAGUGGAAGCUCAUGCACCAUGGUGAAAUGGAACGCUGGGUCAAUGACACUUCGAACCUCGUCUUCAUUGGAGAUGCUUGCCAUCCCAUGCUUCCAUAUCUAGCACAAGGUGCUAAUUCAUCGCUGGAAGACGGCGCCGUGCUGGGUAUGCUCCUGGGGAAUAUGACGGAUAAGAGCCAACUUCCUCGCAUCCUGCGAUUGUAUGAGAGCAUGCGCAAGUCCAGAGGAGAGGCAAUCGUGCGAGAGACAUUCAAACAGCGACACGAUUUCCAUAUGCCCAACGGGGAAGAGCAAGAGAAACGCGAUCAACUCUUUCUCUCUCAGCUUGGAAAGGAAAUCAAGGGUGCUUUCCCAAGUCGAUGGACUUGUCCCGAGGUGCAGCCCUGGCUGUAUGGAUACAAUGCAAUCAAGGAGGUUGAAACGGCAGUCUUGCAAAACCCAGAGGUUUUCGCAAAAUCUGCGUCAUGGGGUUGUCAGAUUUUAUAA